UUGACUGUGCCGCCGCCGUCGUCGCUGCGUUCAAGACUUGUUAUUGUUGCUGGUGAGAUCAUACACCUUUUUUCACUAUAGAUUGUGUGAACACAGUUAUUUGGACCGCACUGGACACACCAAGGGAGUGUGUGACUAUCGAGCAAGUGCUGGGGUCCAUUUGCUGGCUACGUACUCCGCCCAUCGUUUGGAAUUGGAUUUAACGCAUCACUGUCUCCAAAUUUCACAUUUUGGGGCACAAAUCCAACUACCAUUUAUGGGAAUACAACCCGGUGACCUAGCUCGGUGGCCCAAAUUGACAACGCGAGUGUAAUCUGCACCUUAAGGUGCUGCUGGAUAGUGCCCUAGUUACGGUUGGGGAUGCAAGCUUGCAAUAUUAGUGGUUCAGUGAUAUUUCAGGAAGCAAAUUAACCAUUGAGAAUACAUAUGUGCAGUGUGAAUUGCUGAGCUUUGCUUUUUCUACGGAACAACUGCUUAAUAGAGAUAUACGAUUUUCAUUAUUUGUUCGCUUGUCUGUGUUUGCAUCAGCUUUUUCGUUCACGGUAGUCUUUCUUUUCUCACCGUGGAUGAUAUUCUAAUUUUGGUGCUAAGGAGGAAGAUUCUACCACAUUUUCCCGAUGUACAUAGUUAUAAUCACGCCAAAAAGGAAAAGUUUCAAUCAUAGUUCACAUGAAUAUUCAACCGCAGAAUAGUAUAAGUGGAAAUCCAAGUAGGCAGAAAAUGCGCUGAGUGAGUAAAGUUGGCUCUUCAAGGCACAGGAAAAAAGAAGUUUAUAGAAAAAAAAAGGAAAGUGUAGAAUUUUAUUUUUGGAAAUCAUUAGUGUAUAGCGUAUGCAGUGUGUGUCUCAUAUGUGUGUUGUAUCAUCCAACUCGACUUAGUGUGUAUUAAAAAUACCACAGAGCUCGCCAGUAUAGCACGGUGUGGUAUGUGCAUGUCAUACGACUGAAAGUGUGAAGCGCGAGAAAGUCUCGUUACUUUAAGGAAGCGUGAAAAGAGCCAACUCGAAGAAUAGCAGCAGAAGAUUUGUGAAAAUUCGUCAAGAGAUUUUAUGUAAUACGAUAGCUCUGUUACGCACUGUGACGGAAUUCGGAUGUUUCACGGAUAGUAUCAAUAGACGGUCGUGGUGCUUUGUGAUCAAGACAAAAGAGUAAUAAGUAUAUUCAGCAUAUUUGCUUAAAUUUCUCCAUACGAACGACGGCGGCGAAGUUUGCACAACAUUGGAAUCACAACGGCUCUGCUUGUGCAUGGUUCACAAAUCUACCAAGAGCAGACUGUCAUCUUGCACAAAGCAUGUAAAAAUUAAGGAAUUAAUUACGACUGUGAAGGAGUUUGCUUUAAUUACAUUGGAUAAUCGAUCAGAGUGAGAGGCAAAACACCAACGGACCAGCCCGAUUCAUCAUCCUUCCACGCAGCUAUAGACUACAUAGCCAAACCGCACACUCACAAAAAUGGUGAUAGGAGAAGCCACCAACAACGGGGAGGCUGUGCCUCCACCGCAGCAAUUCGCCCCACAGAAGGCAACUAUUGAGAACAUAAUGAGUGGAAUUGAAAAUACCGGUACCGUGAAAAUGAAUAAUCACAGGAAAAAACUGAGACAACGAUUUGAUAUAAUCAAAAAGCUCGGCCAGGGCACGUACGGCAAGGUGCAAUUAGGUAUUAAUAAGGAAACCGGUCAGGAGGUCGCCAUCAAAACCAUCAAAAAGAGCAAAAUCGAAACCGAAGCGGACCUCAUUCGGAUACGAAGGGAGGUGCAAAUUAUGAGCUCCGUGCAGCAUCCCAACAUCAUACACAUCUACGAAGUUUUCGAGAACCGUGAGAAAAUGGUUCUAGUUAUGGAAUUUGCAGCGGGCGGCGAGCUGUACGACUAUCUUUCGGAACGCAAGGUGUUAUCUGAAGAUGAAGCUCGCCGAAUCUUCCGCCAGGUGUCCACCGCCAUCUACUACUGUCACAAGCACAAAAUCUGUCAUCGUGAUCUUAAGUUAGAAAAUAUACUCCUGGACGAGAACGGCCACGCCAAAAUCGCUGACUUCGGCCUAUCCAAUGUAUUUGACGAGCAAAGACUGCUGGCAACGUUUUGCGGGUCUCCGCUUUACGCAUCACCAGAAAUUGUUAAAGGUACACCCUACCUGGGACCAGAAGUGGAUUGCUGGUCCUUGGGUGUUUUGUUGUAUACUCUAGUCUACGGUGCAAUGCCAUUUGAUGGUGCCAAUUUUAAAAGGCUUGUGAAGCAAAUUAGCCAAGGUGAUUACUUCGAACCGAAGAAGCCAUCCCGGGCGUCCCCACUGAUCCGAGAAAUGUUAACGGUAUGUCCGCAACGGAGGGCGAAUAUUGAACAAAUUUGUAACCACUGGUGGGUCAAUGAGGGUUAUGAAGGAUCAUGCUUAGAUCUUGCCGAAGAGCUGGCGAACCAGACUCCAGUGAGAUUGGAUGUGCUACUUUCAUUAGCCCCACCAUCCGUGACCUCUGAUCAAGUGGUAGUCGGAAGUGGUCAGGAUGAAGCGAAACCUAAGGAAAGAAUACAACGAAGCCAUUCGGUUGGUUCAAUCAUCGAUAUGGGUGCUACCGAGGCAGAGCGACGAAUACUGGACAUGGUGGCCGCCGGUGGUGAGGCAGCCCUAAUGCCGUCGCCAACCCGUACUAUUACACCGUCCGAGAGUAGUCCUGCUCAGCCUAAACGUAAACUUGAGCCGACCGUAUCUACGGAGAAUGCCACUGGAGCCGUCAAGAAAAAAGAAAAAGCAGCUGAUAGACUUAAGCUGGACCAAUGUCAACCUGUGAUUCCUGAAGUAAUGGACAUUGAGCAUUCACCUUCUCCUCGGCCCUGCUCAACCCCUGCAAUUGAUAUUGAAAAACCUGACUUGGAGCCUGUUGAACCGGAGGCUACGGAGGACACACCAAAUGCAGCUCAGAAUGUUCUAGAAGAUUUACAAAAUCUAGAAAACAUGUGCGACGAACUGCUUCAACAAACUGCAACUCCACCUGUUUCUAAAGCUCCUACACCCGAAAAAUCAACAUCGGCAACUAACGAAGCUCAACCCGCUACACCACCUACACCAAAGGUCGAAUCGCCUCCUCUGACUGUAUCAGGCGUUAAAGCUAGACUAGAAAAACUUGAAAAGGCUGACAAACAACCCGAAAAGGUUCCAUAUAAGAAAGUAUUUAGUAAAAACAAAACUGUUGAUCUUAGCUCAGCAAUUAAUCACGUGUCGAAGCAAGAUCAAGAAUUUGCACAAGUCAAAUCGGCUUCCAACUUAGAACGCAAGAACAGUCUUCCAGAAGAAAAUCUCACCAAACCCGCCGAGCGGCGAAAAUCCCGUAUUUUAGAAACCGCAGAAAAGUUCCAGAGCAUGAACAAUCAAAACAACGACAAGUUCAAAAAAUUCUCCCUCCCCGGAGUUCCUACGGUCGGAAACUACAAAAAGGAAUUCGAACGAAAAACUUCCAUGAACAAUUCUGCAUCCUCAAGUGCAGCAUUCAGACCUUCUCCUUAUGAAAUGACAAAGAAGAUGGAGUCCGAAUUGCCUUCACCUGACCAGAGCUGUCAGAGUAGCGGAGCUGAUCUAUACUCUCCCUUGUCACCAAGCGACGACAAGAUCAUUGGACGCGAUGGGAGAUUGGAAUUCGAUGAAGUCAAAGAGAGUGAUUCGAAGAGUUCUAUCAGUAGCUUUUCACUUGAGGAAGCUCGGCGAUCGAUGGAGAACUCGAUAGCCCUCCUCAGCAAAGUACGUCCCGAGGCCAAUGCCGUCGAUCAACUUUGUGCCAAGACGGAAAAUGUUUCCAUGUCAGAGGAUAAUGAGAGGGAAAGGAAGCUGAAGAAUGCCCGUGAAAUAAUUAGUAAUGCAAUUCCGAUCGGUCGCCUCCGGAAGCCACCCAUGCCGUUCGGAGCAAAUGGACGAUCUGCUACCGCAGGACUCACCAGCUCUGCUUCCAACAAGCAGUUUCGUUUCGGACCGGACACUACGGAAUCCAAGUUCGAGACCAUGUCAGUGCCUAGAAAAGUGUCAGUUGGCAAUAUAUCCAUACCACCGGUGGAUGAGACUAAAACAUCACAUGCUGAAAUUACGCUCAAAUCUGCAACGCUGCCGAGAAGGAAAAUCGGUAAGGUCGAUGUGCAUGGAGAAACGCAAACGAAGGCCGAAUCGCCCGUAUCGGCACCUCAGUCAUCUUCAAUGCGAUUUUCCACCGAGAUGCAGCAUCAAGUGCCGGACCUUCGCAGUGCACCGAUUCGGGAGCAUCCCAUAUCAUUCACCGUCCAGCAACGUGCCAAUAGCCUUGAGCCACAGGUCAAGGAACAGACAAUCCCCAUUCAGAAGCCACCCACCUACCAGCGGACGUCAUCGAGUGCAUUUGGUACGACCCGAGGCUCGCUGUCUCGCCAAUCUACCAACGAAUCGAACGAUUCGGAUACAACGACAUCGCAGAGUCAAAUGCCAUCAUUGUCGGGCAGUGUGGCGGUCAACAGCAGUGGGACCACCAUGCCUAUUAAGAAAAGCCCACGAGAGUUUAUUAUUCCUAUUGCAGUGGAAGGUGUAGGAUUUGUUACACCACGAGCCAACAGCCUCGAGCCGUCGGAAUCGAGUACAACGAAUACUUCCGCUGGAUUCGGUUCAAAGGCACGCCUCGGACGUCCACGUAAGAUAAGCUCCCUUCUGAGCGAGAAAGAUACCGAGGAAGAAUCGUCGUUCCCGAGACUCAACCGACACACUUCGCUGGGACGUGAAAGCGACUCUGAAGAGCCACGAUUCCACACUAUGCACAGACUAAGGAGUUCGCGUCCAUCGCAACGGGGCACGGUAGAACCAACUGAUUCGGCCAGUUCGGGAGAAGAAGAUGAUGACGAUGGCUUUGAAAUCUUGACCGCAGAGAACCUAUUCUCUACGCUGCUUUCGAGGGUCCGUGCAUUAACUAACCGACUCAACGUCAACGAGCCAAACUCGUCCGGUUUCCCUUCGUCUCGCUUUAUGAGUAAUUUGAGACAAACACAGCCCCAAUUCUGGCAGCAUCAUGAUCCAUUUUCUAGCCGACUGAAUGGAGGUAAUUCCAACGCCUGGCGGCACAGCAUGUCUCGCGAUCUCAGCUCGGACAUUGAUUCCAUGUUCUCGCGCUCGGGCGCGACACUUCCUAGAGUGGGGUUCCGCGUAACGUUAUCGCAUGUACCAAAUACCAGUAGAGGAGCUAAAUACAGAUCACAAAUCAAUAAUAACAACAAUUUUGACGUAGCUCAUAACAAAUCCGAUGGUUUGAGUCGCAAUAACAAUAGCAACAAUAAUAAUCUGUCAUCCGCAAUAUCAUCGUCCUCCUAUAGAAACGGUUGCAGCAGUAGAAGCGAAGCAUAUCAAACUAGUUAUGGAAGCAGUAGCAAUAGUAAUAUGAUUAAUAACAAUAACUGUUCUAACCAAGAUAGCCAAAUUAAUGUGGGUGCCCUGUACGAGAACGGUGAAGAGGUACUAGAUUUGGCCGAUCUGGACCUGUCGCAGUUACGCUUGUCGAAAAAGGAUUUGGAAGCCCUAUCCAGCAUAACUCCAUCACUAUCUCAACGCGUUCAAGAGCAGUUGUUGGCUCAACUACCACCUCAACAAGCCAAAAAGCUGUCCAGGACACUGUCCAUGCAAAAUGGGAAUAGCGUGGCGAGUUCAUAUUCGUCGAUCAACCGUUCGUACAAACGUAGUUCAAGUAGCAGUGGUGGCCAUACUGCAGAGGAUUCCAGAGAUAGUAUCACACCAACCAACGAUAUGUUCGACAGCGAUGCAUAUCUACAAAAACGAUCAUCGAACAAACAAGAUCGGAGCUCACGCAGUUCGAGUAAUUCCCGAGAUAUCGUGUCUCCCCCUCCCCUUCCACCCCCUAAUUUCAACGAUGAUUACGGAACAUCAUCAUCAUCUCGUUUCCCUUAUGCUAACGAGAGUCAUGAACGGUUCCGGACAUACGAGAAGUACACACCCUACGCAACGAACUCCCAGAACGAUUCAGAACACGAACGAAGCAAAUCGCUGGAAUAUGACAAAAAGUUAAGCUGCUAUGAACCGCUGCCACCACGUACCUCCUGUCUCAGCCCUACAAACGAAAGGUACGGUAGGCCACCGAGCGGUUGUAUCUCUCCUCCUCCCAUGUCCUCGUCAUCCGGCUAUUCUAGUCAACGUUCCACUAGACGCAUCUCCAGAUUCUUGCGUCCGGACUUUUUUGAUCCACCAAAAGAGUCCAGCGACCAAGAGAAACAGAAGAGAGAGCUAGAAACGCAGAAUAUUUUAAGAGAGAUACGGGAAAAAAGUCACGAGAGAAGUGUAGACCGUAGCUGCAAAUCCGAAUACGCAGCAGAGAAAGGCUCCGAUCGUUUAAACUAUUUUAUGCAAAAGUAUCACAAAGACUACAGUACAGACGAUAGCAAUCAAUACAGGUAUAAUAAUUACGAAAGAAACGAAAACUUGGAACUAAAGGAAGUUCACGAUCAACGAAACCGAAGAAGUGUAUCUAGGCCGCGAGAGGUUGUUGAUACAAAUGUUGCUACCUUUAAUAAAAUCACGGCAACGAGUUCUUUCGCAGACAAAAUUCUUGAUGAGCUACACAGUUUAGCUGUAUUGCAAAAUAUUACGCAGGAAACAGCCCCUAGCAAAAGUAGGAGCAGGGAAAUCAUCGCGGAAGAAGUUGCCCCUGAAGUAAUCAAGAGAUCAACCCCGGAGCGAAGUUCCACGACCAACUGUGUCGAAUGCAACGGCAGUGCUUCAAAACAGUCGGAGGAAAUUAAUCCAACGAACGUCAGUAGCAAAGUUCCAGAUGAACCACUCACUGAACCGAUUGCCACGAGCAAAGUAGUAAAGGUGAAAAAGGUUAAAGUAAAACCAAAACUGGACGCCGACGGCAAUCCAAUAACGGUAACUGUUAAGAAGAUAAAGAAGGUAGUAAAGUCAAGCGCUGAAGCUACUCCUGCAGUAACUCCCGUAGAAGAUACUCGCGAUGAGGAUAAAAGUCUAACUGAAAAACUUAGAAUUGUGAAGAAAGAAUCAAAACUAGUUAGACCAAAAUCUUACCCUUCUAAAGAUCCGGAGCCUUUGAAAUUGGUAACACCAACUACAUCCGAACAACCCUCAUCAGAUUUCACAACAACCCCAAGAAAUGAAUCAGAUCCAUCGGCUUGCAGCACUCCGUCUAACGUAACAACGACCAUUACACCAGUAGUUAAGAUAGCCAGACCAAAGAGUUUCCCAAGCUCGAAGUUAACACCUCCAAAAGAAAUAAAGCUUCCGAAAAAUGUUACCGACACCCCACCGUUGAAUGCAAUCAUAGAACAGCCAGAGGAAAAGAAGCUACUCAAAGACACUAAAGAUAAGACGCCUCCGAAAACCUCCACCGUCAAUACUUCAACUGCUAGCGAAACCACAACCUCUGCAGCAGUCCCUGGAACAACUAAAAAGGUUCGCAAAGUCAUACGAAUUGUUAAAAAAUCAACCGCAUCAAAAAGCGACUCUACCACCAAAUGCAGCAGUGAGGAGAAAACGAUUAAAGAAUCAGCAACAGUAACGAAACCCGUAAGUGAGGUUAAAGAAAUUAAAGAAAAACGAGUCGAAAUAGUGUCACCUGAACCGAUACAAAAAGUGCCAAAGGAAAAAUCGAAAUCACCGGAGAAGAAAGUCAAACAAGGCUUUCUUGCCAGCAUUGGUCAAAAGUUUGAAAAAUUCCGAGAAUCGAGCAAAAUGACGAAAGAAAAGAAAACGAAUGCAGACGACAAAGCGGCGGAAUCGGCGACUGAACAGCCGACUGUUCGAAAAAAUAACGAUUCAGCAGCGGAAACGCUGAAGAAGGAAAAGAAGAAAAGCCAAAGUGUAACUAAUGCAUCGUCUAUACCAGACGAUGCACCAGUAAGUGAAGAGAAGAAUACGCGAAAAUCAAGAAUAGAUAAAGUGAUUAGGAAUCUACGCGAGAUGUCGGUACCGCGAGCACCGGUGCUUACAGAGUCAAAUCUUAUCAAGCGAGCCGUCAGCGUCGAAGAAAUGCCUGGAACAUUCAACAAAUGCAGCGUUAACAAGGUACUAGGAUUUUUUAAGAAGAUUGAAAAAGAUACAAAAAAUAAUCGAGUUCUCAAUACAAAGUCAUCUAGUCACAUCAGUACGAUGGAUAUUUCCGCAACACUGAAUGCGUUGGAAUCAGUCAUUGUGCAGAGGGAUAGCCGAAUGACGCCAGCAGCGGAGGAACCAGAAAAGGAAAGACCCAAGUCCGGAAGUUUUGUUAGUAAAAUUCGUAAACCGUACAAUGGGGCACGGAGCGAUACUUUGCUCACUAUGACCGAGCAAGAGUGUAAGUCCAAUGGUACGGUGCCGGAAAAGCAUAACGGUGGCUACCAAACGCAUAUUCCUGUUAAGUAUUGUUGUCCGGAUUGUAACAAAGAAGAUGCUAACAACGAUGUAACGAAGAGACAUUCCUCCACUUUGACUGAUGCAAAAAAUCACUCGCAGGACGAGAAAGAACGCACCAGAACCAGUCGUCGAGCGCUGACACUGGACUUUAGCAAGCUCGGCGGAAGUCGCAAUGUUCAGAACAAUAACAACAAUUACAGCUAUCCACCUCCAUUACCCAGUGACAUUGUACCAAACAGCAACCACGUUUCCACUACAAACAACAACAACAACACUAUGAAUAUGAACAUGCUUACACCAUCAUACGACAGCAUAACCAAUUACUCUUCGGGUUCUAGAAGUAGUCCAUACGACGAUUGCAACUCUUCCAGCACAUUCAUGUCUCCAUCAGAGGAACACGAACUGUACUUUGAUAAUUGGUCGAUCUGCUCGGAUGACCACAACAACAUGCUUAGCGCUUCGCCAUCCAUUUCGCGACUGUCGAAGUUAACCUAUGUGAACUCUGUCUCUCCGGUAGAUAACGAUUCCGAAAGUGUAAUCGAACGGAUACGUCGGAAGAGUUUCUACACCCGAUUCAAUGAGAAAAAGCCUAGAAGAGUUAGCUCUAUCGUAGGACCAGGCAGUACGAAGGAGUACUAUCGUGAACAGUCUCUUUCCAAAAGUGGCCCAUCAUCCACUCGGUUGAAAGAGUACGGUAAGUCAUCAUCUUCGUCGGUAGCAAGCGCUUUGACUAGUGUUGAUCGUUCCAAGAACAACUACGAUUACUACCGCUCGCUCACCAGGACGCCGAGUUCUAUCAAGAGCAAGUAUGCGGAUUCUACCGACGGGUAUUCAAAAUCUUCGUUGAACAACAGUGACUACUUUCAUCAUCACCACCACCAUCAUCACUACCAUCUUCCUUUGUCUAACUCGUCACGGAAACUUAAUUUCUCCAGUAAUGACUCUUCUGAUAACCUAAAUUAUAACACUGUCGGUAAAUCCUCAUUAAGAAGUACAUACUACGAAACCUCGUCACCACCGUAUUAUGCUACAUACAACCCAAGACGGCGAUCCUCGUUUACCAGCAAUAGCACUACAGCUAAUCUAACCUCGUCCUCUUCAUCGAUAGCACUAGAUACUGCCAACACAGGAAAUGAAGCGCGGGAUGCUGCACCGAAGAACGCGGCGGCAACGGUGGCUGGAGUACCACCAAGUGGUACCACAACCAAUUCCUCGUCUUCUACAACCCUUUCCGCAUCGGAAGGCUUCUCCAGCCAGGGGAGCGGAUCGCGCAAAUUACGACCGUACGACAACCGGAGCAUUUCGAUGCUGAAUUCCUCCUCCAGCAGAGAGUCACGCUACGGCGGUUAUGACAGUGCGGGGAUCAUCAGAAAUGGUCGUCUCAGAAACUCGUCAAUACCUCGGAACCCCACCAACGUAUGAUCGUCAGAGUACGAUGACUGCGAUAUUUACUACAAUUUCUAGCGAUUGGCCAUUUUCGCCCGAUGAAAAGCAAUUAAUAUAUCUAGGUGUAAACAAAUGUUUUAAUUGAAUUCAUAGGAACUAGCAUUUUAAUGUUAAAUUAGUCAAGUUACUUUCCAACGCCAAAGGUGAAAGCAGAACAAUGAAUGAAACCAUCAAGCUUAUGAGAGAGAGAUGAACAAGACAGAACGGAUUUUGUACAUUUAUUUUAGUUUUAAUUGAACGAGAACGAAAACAUUUUAGAACCCAAAGAAUACUAUUAUGUCUGUACAGAGAAAAACAUUAUUUAGAUCCCAAUUUAUUGAAGAAAACACAAACCGUUAGAAAAAUAAAGUUUUAAUCAUGGUGGAA